AUGUCAGAAAAAGAUAGAAGGAAACUACAAAACAAACUAAAUCCAUUGUAUGAUGGUAUUUAUUCAUAUACUGAAGGUGGUCAACCAAUAAGUACUUAUUUUCAUGCUUUGCCAUCAAGAACUGGAGGUGGAGAUUAUUAUAAAGUAAUUAAAAAUCCAAUUUCUCUUCAUAAAAUUAAAGCUAAACUUAAAAAAUUGGAUUAUAAUAAUGCUCAAGAGUUUAUUAAUGAUUUAGCUUUAAUAUCAUAUAAUGCUAGAUUUUAUAACAUGCAAGAAUCAGUUAUAUAUAAACAUGCAGAAGCUUUAAAGAAAUAUGUUGAAGAAAAUGUAAUUCCAAAAUUACAACUUGAUAAAUCUAUUGAUCAAAAUUUAAUAUAUCCAAGAAUUGGUGAAUUACCAGAAGAUCAAAUUAUAGAACCUUCUCCAACUGUAAUUAAAGAUGAAUAUGAAAUGAGUGCAACUCCUACAAUUGAAAGACCUAUACCACCACCACAAGUAGAAUCAACAUCAUUUUCACGUCAAUCAUCAUUCACUACCCCAAAAAGAGCAACUAUCAAACAAAUUCAACAACAACAAACAUUAGAACAAGUUGAAAGUGGGAUUAGAAGAGGUAGACCACCAAUCAUUGAUAAACCAUUUGAAUCACGUAUUAAACAAAUUUUAAAAGGUUUUAAAAAAUUACGUGAUGAUAAAGAUAGAUUAUUAAUUAAACAUUUUGAUAAAUUACCAGAUUUAAAAUAUUAUCCAGAUUAUUAUGAAAUUAUUAAAAAUCCAAUGAGUUUAACAGAAAUUAGAGUUAAAGUAAGAAGUAGAAAAUAUACUGAUGUUAAUCAAUUUAUUCAUGAUCUUGAUUUAAUGUUUGCAAAUUUUCAACAAUAUUUUCAAAGAGAUCCUUAUAGUGAAGAAUUUUUAGAUUAUCAACAAUUUAAAAGAGAAGCAAAUAAUAUUGUUCAAAAUGAAUUAAGUAAAUCAGAUAAAGAUGUUUUAUUAGCAACAUCUACUUCAAGUGAUGGUGUAUUGAGAUUUCCCUUGGACGAAUUGAAUGUUGAUGGAUAUUCUUAUAGAAUUGGAGAUUGGGUAUUAAUGAAAAAUCCAGCUGAUAGUGAAAGACCAAUAGUUGGACAAAUAUUUAGAAUUUGGUCAACUGAAGAUGGUAAAAAAUAUUGUAAUAUGUGUUGGUAUUAUCGUCCAGAACAAACAUGUCAUGGAGUUGAUAGAUUAUUUUUUCAAAAUGAAGUUUGUAAAACAGGUCAAUAUAGAGAUCAUUUAAUUGAUGAUAUUGUUGGUCCAUGUUAUGUUUUAUUUCUUACAAGAUAUCAAAAAGGUGAUUUACCAAGUGGAGUGAUCCCACCUAAUGCACCUUGGUUUAUAUGUGAAUUUAGAUAUAAUGAAUCAAAUCAUGUUUUCAAUCGUAUUAGAACUUGGAAAGCUUGUUUACCAGAUGAAGUUAGAGAAGAUGAUGAACAACCAUUAAUUCAACUUAAUGAAACUAGAAAAUUAAUUAAAUAUGAUUCACCAAUUAGAUCUUAUUAUGAUCCAAAUUAUAAUCUGGAAGAAAUACCUGAUGCAAUUCCAGGUACCACUAGUUCACCACCAAUUAGAGGUUCAGUAUAUAAAACAGCUCCAAUUCCAACCGAUGAUUUAGGUCAAUAUUCUACAAGUCCAAAUGUUAUACCUGUUCCUGAACAUGAUGAUAAAGUCAAUGGACGUCAUGCUUAUUUAUUUACACCUAUUUCUCAAUUAAAAGGAGGAGGUGGAUCAACUAAUGCCGUAUAUGCUACAAAUGUAUCAUUACCUCAUGGAUCACCUAUUAAUGAACCUUCAAAAAUGGCCACCAUUGCAAUGAGUCCACCACCAGUACAACAUUCUCCGGAAUAUAUAGAAGAAAAACCACAAUUACCAACUUCAUAUGUCUCUAUUCAAGAUCAAAUACAAGAAAAUCAAUUAAAAAAAUUACAAGAUCAACAACACCAACAAGAACAACAUCAAUUCCAACAACAACAACAACAACAACAGCAACAACAACAACAGCAGCAACCACAACAAUCAUUAACACCACAAAACUUAUUUAAUAAAUUAACUACCCCAACUCCAGCUCAUAUUGUUCCAACAGGUACAAAUUAUCAUAGUGUUUUACCAAUAUAUUCUCAACCAGAUGGUGUAUUAGCUUAUGGAUUAGUUGAAGAAUUAGAUUUACCAGUCAAUAAAAGACAAAAAUUAGAUUCAUCAAUGGAAGAAGUUGUAUUUUAUAAAUCACCACCAAUUCAAUUACUUAUGAAUAGAAUUAUAACAAAUUCUAAUGUUGAACUAGGUCAUUCUGCAAAAUAUUUAGCUUGGAAAAUAGAUCAAGAAAAUCAAAAAUCAAAAUAA